AUGAGACGAUUCUUCGGACGCAAAGAAGAGCCAAGGCGCAACUCAGAUGAUGACCACAAAAAGAUGCAAUACUAUUCUCCGCGAGGCAUCAUCCCCAUCAAGGUCGUGGAACAGCAGACGCAAGAAGUUGUUUUCGAUCCGACACAGGUCUCUCGUAACACGAAAGACUAUCCUCAUGCUUAUGAGGAUGUAAACCUGGAGGGAAAGACUUUUCAGGAGUGGGAACGCAGGCAUGACGAAGAGAAAGUCCGUCUCUACGAAAUGCCAGUCAACACGCGCAUGAACUUGGAAAAGAGACCGGCAACGUUCAAGCAGGUCCAAAGACGCGAGCUUGAAAUUCGUCCCAACGAUAGGAAGGAUGCUGUUCGAAAAGAGCUCAACGACCCAGGUGUUUUUCGGGGUGUCAUUACCGGCAAUGUUGAAACAGGUCAGGUCUACGGUGUUCAGGGCGUGAUAUAUCAUCCAGAACAAAACCCUCGUGGUUUCAGACGAUCUCCCAUCGAGCCAUUGGAUCGGGAGGGCAGGCAGUUCUUGCGUCGCUUCGAGGAUGAUGCUGCUGAUCCUAAUCGUGUGACCACCUGGCCUCCUCGGGAUGAGGAUGCCAGUGACCUUCAGGCAUAUGAGGAUCGGUACAAGCAGGUUAGGAAGACUCGUCCGCCUCAGCAGCAGAAGUCCAAGCAAAAGGCACCCAACGCAAAUUGA